UUCAGUGCGCCGUAUGAACAUAUAUAUAAAAAUAAAAUAAAUAAAAAACGUGUCGAAUAACGUAUAGUGAUUCAGUGUUGUGUGCCAGUGUUCAACAACUUUCUCCGAUUCCCAAACCUAGGCCCGUUCGAGGCAGUGACUGGAAGCGAAAUGGUGUCUAGACGUCGAAUAUUAUCGCGGUCACGCGACAACCUGUCGCAAACACUCACUCAGGAAGAGGAGGAAGACGUAUGGUAUCAAAAGGAUAAGCUUUAUAAGGAACAUAUACAGGAAGUGCUGGACAAAUGGACACAAAUCGACGACGAGAUAUGGGCGAAGGUGAUUGUUUUCGAGAAGAAUCGUCGCGUUGCCAAAGCGUAUGCGCGAGCGCCAGUGCUCACGAUUAAUGGGUCCGAUGACGGCUUUGACGGCAUGAGAAUUGGUCUAUGCGGCUUCGAUAAUCCACAUAGAGAUCAGAAGACGGAUGAAUUGAAAAGACACGUAGGACAGGGUGUCAAAAUCAAAAUGGACGACGCCGGUAAUAUACUCAUCAGACGCUACUCCAAGAGUAGCGUGUUUGUGAAGAGUACUGCAGCCUCUAGCAAUGAAGAGACGGCCAUCGGACAAGAUAUACUCAAACUGCCCGGAUAUUCGUUGGAGCAGGAAAAGAUUUUUAAGUUGUUCGACAUGAAGAAGUUCCAGUCAAACGUGAACCGGGAGUUGCGGCGCGCGUAUCCGGACCGAAGGAGGCUCGAGACCCAGUGUCUCAGUGCUGUAGCAUUCGUCAAGUCUGACAACGAACUCCUCGAGUGCCCCAUCUGGGUGUUGGUCAUCAACGUCGUCGCUAUGGACAUGCUGAAAUCCAAGCUCCCCCCAAUUCAAAGACCAAUGGACAUCAAGAACCGGCCCCGUAUUCCAAUUCCCGACGAGGAUCCGUACAGCAUCGCCAGUUCGAAUGUCAACGGCUCCGGGUCAAGCGGCAGUUCAGGAGGCUACGGACUCGGAAACGGUCACAACGGACACGGAGUCGUCGCGGCUACUAGAGAGCAGCUGAUGAUGCAGAUGGGUCAAAGGCGAGGAGAGAGACCACCUAAUCUACCGCCCAGGGAAAAUGGAUAUGGACCAGCUGAUAUUCCAAAGCCGGAUUAUGAUGACAUCGAGGCUAACGGUCGCGGUCCAGCGCAGUUUCCGAGAGGAAAAUCAGACAAAGGCAAAGAAAAGAAAUAUGACGACCCCUACUAUUGCGGGCUACGCGCCCGUGUGCCAAACUUCGUGAAGGCGAACGGAGCUAAAGUCCUCCCGACGAUGACGGAGCGGCUCACGCUGAAGGAGGUGCCGGUGCCGAGCAAGCGGUUCAGCGUGGCGCACCCCCACGGCGCCCCUUACCCCCCGCAUCCACACAUGCCCCCCGCUGCUCUCUGGCACGCGCGCUCCUACGAAAGCGGAAUCGACGGAGAUCAUUACGAUCCAUACGCGUUGUACGGGCGGCUUCCGGUGCCUGGUCGUGGCUUCCCUCCGCCUCCCGCGCCUCAUGCACGACACAUGUUCAUUGGAGAUUGGGAUUAAAGUGACCGACAACUUGACAACACGACUUGACCACAUUAGAUCAUAAUAUGACGUUGGGAUAUUUUCACAUCGAAAUAUUAUAAAUACCAAAAUCAAAACGUAAAAAUCUUGGAAACAUGACGAUUUAAAAUUGUUUUUCCACCCGACAAAACGAUUUUAAAUUACUAUGGUUUAAUUUUUAGAUAAUUUCGACAAUGACUAAAGACUGAAGUCUUAAAUAUUAAUAUGUUUUUCAACGACGUUGUCGUGUGUGGUUGAUGUGGCGAUAUCUCAAAAGUAAUGCGUAUUGUAAAUAAUAAUCAAUCUUGUAAGUAGUACAUUUUGUAAUGAAUAAAUAAUUCAACGUUGGAAAUUUGUUUUUACUGUAUACAAUAAUUUUAAUUGAAACAAAAUUUUGCAAUGACGAGAUUUUAUUUUCAAUUUGCACAUACAUCUCUUACAAUGUGUAUUUAAUAUGUUAACCUAGUUUACUAAGUUUAAACCUUAAGUUAACUAUCACUGCCAAGUUAUUUAACGAAUUCUUGUGAAACAGCAUCACAUUUUUAAAUAAAUAAUUUCAUAAGUUGUGUCAAUCCUAGUCAAUACAGGGUUGGGAAUAAUUUUAGAUGUAAUUUUUAAAUUUUUAAUAAAAACCUAGCUUUUUUACAUUUGUAUCGUUUUUGUACUAAUUAUACAAUUAUUUAUAUUGAAAAUACUUUGCAAAAAACAAAUGUAACAAUUAAAGUGCA